AUGUCAAUGCUUAUGUCCACUCCACAAUGUUUGAACAAUACCUCUGGUAUUGCAACCAACAGUUAUAAAGUUUCAAAACCUAAAACUAAACCAAGAACUACAUUAGAGGAGAAGAUUAUGAUUUUGAAUCAUUACCAUCAAUCAAAUAAACCACAGGCUGAUACUGUUGAAUUGUUCAAGAAUAGAUAUUCCAUAUCCACAUCGUCUUUUAGUGAAUGGUUAAAGGAUGAAGAGAGUUUAAGAAAUUUAUACAAUAAUUCUAAUGAAUUUCUCAAGAAAUCUAAAAGAAAAUUAAGAUUCAAAUAUGAUAAGAUCAAUGAAGAGAUGGAUAAAUUAGUUGAAGAGAGAAUUCAAAAUAAAAAACCAAUCAAUGAACCAUUCCUCAGAGAGAAUUGGGCAAUUUUUGCCAAUAGAUAUGGUGUUGAAGAUCCAAAGAGAUUGUUAAGUUUCAGUCAUGGAUGGUUAUCUCAAUUCAAGAAAAGACAUGGGCUAGAUAAACAAUCAAGAAUGCGCAAAUUAUCCACAACAUCUUUAUCUUCGCCGAAUUGUGAUGCUGCUUCUAUAACUUCAGAUACAUCUUCAAGUACUUCAUCUACAGAUACUUUGGUUGAAACCAGCAAUAACACCAACAUCACCAAUGAAUUGGAGAACAUGAGUGGCAUAAACCCAAUGAAACCAUCAAUAAGUACACAAAGUUUUUUGAAUUUAGAUGUGAAUGAAGAUUAUUUACAAACAAAUAUAAACAACUAUGAAAAUUUGAUCAAUAAUGCUUCAAAUAAUUUCAUGCCAAUUCAAAUAUCAAACACACCAACAUUAUUACAAUCAGCAUCUUUAUCUAGGGUCAAUUCACGUCCUUUACAAUCCAAUUCUAUUAUGAAUUCAAGUAUGACGAACCUUUUAAAUUUUGCAAACACUUCAACCACUUCAAGUUCUACAAAUAAUAUUGAAUAUGAUCUUAUCAAUGAAGGUGAUUUUGAAAUUUUCUUGAAUAAAUAUGGUGAAGAUUUCCUGGGGUUCAACCAAGAUAAAUAUCCAGAAAGUUUCAAGAUUCUAGGUGAUUUAAAAGAUGUAUUCAAGAAAGAGAAGGAAGGUUAUAAUGAUAAAAAACUUAGAGAAUUACUAUUCAGAAGAUAA